UAGAUAUCAGCAAGAUAUAUUAUACUCCUAUUUAUUAUUUAUCUCGAAUGUAUUGAAAUAUUCAACGCAUGCGCAAUUGAAUUCAAUACCUGUGGAAAUACAUUAAAAGCAAAAGAGAAAAAUAAAAGUAAAAAAUAAUAAGAAGAAGUAAGCAAGGGCAAAAAGUUGUAUGUAACAGAAGAUGGUGGGAGUUGUUCAGGUAGGAGGGAUCAGGAGUAGGGCGGUAGGACUUGCCUCUCUGGCUGUUUCUGGUGUUUCUGCUUCUCAGGCACUCUCAGGUGUGUUGUACUGUAGAUGAAUGUAGAUAUAUAAAUAUAUAUGUACGUACUGGAUAGCAAUGUAUAAUGUAUAGACUGUAGAGCUUCAUCGUUGUCGUCGUCGUCAUUGUCGUUGUCGUUGUCGUUGUUGCCGUCGUUUUCAUGUGGUCACAUGCAACAGGUAGCAUUGUAUAUUUAUUAAUAUUAAAAAUAUAUUUUUAUAAAUGUCAUACACUAUAUUAUUAAAAAAUUUAUAAUUCCCUAAUAAUUUAACAUUAUCAAAGUUGAUAGUGUGAAUCCACUGUGAUUAUUAAAUUGUAAUAUUUUUAUACAUAAAAAAAAUAAUAAUUUUAUAAGUUGAAAAAAUAUAUAUAGUUACUGAGUAAACUGAUUAACGUCAUUCGCAAUGUUAGUUGAAUAUUAUUAAUCAAAAGAGUCAUUAUCAAUAUGUUUUAAUACUUAAAAUUAUUACUAACGAUCGAAAGUAAUAAUAAAAUAAAAAUAAGAAGAAGAAGAAAAUUAAAUUAAAUUAAAUAUAAAAAUGACUCAAUGGAUAUCGAGGAUAAUAGUGAUAAAUUAAAAGUAAAAUCGCGUAUACCCGAUUUUACAACAUUAUUACCUAAAUCAUUGGUAAAAAAUAAUGAAAUUUCUAGUUCGACGAGUUCAAAGAGUUCAACGAGUUCGCUCUCUCAUAAUUCUUUAACAUGUAAAGAUUUUGGAGAAGGUGGAGUUGAUAAACAAUCAUUGAAAUCAAGUCGUGAUAAAAAAUCCAGUAUUCCUAUAUUGCGAAAACACGAAAUUCGCGAAUAUGAAGACAUUAAUCUACGAAGCGAAGCACGAAAAUCACAAAUUCCACUACAACGAAAUAAUCGUGGAAGUACUGAUGACUUGAGAUCAUCAUCAUCAUCAUCAUCAUCAACUACAACAACUGUUUUUUCACCAUCACGAUUAUUUUAUAACAAUAAUAAUAACAAUUAUUAUUAUUCACGUAGCUAUCAAGUUGAUAAAGAAGUUAUUAAUUCGCCGAGUCUUAUUCCAAAAUUAUUAUUAUUAAAAAAAAAUCGUGACAAACGUACUAAUAAACGAUUAGAAGAGAAUAGUAGCAAAAAUAAAAUUUCAGUUGCAAUGGAUGAUUCAAAUGAUUGUAUAAAAGAUAAUGAUAAAAAAUCACCAUCAACCGAAAUUUCUGUAAAUGAAGAAAUAAUAAUUGCUAAAAAUAAUAAAACUGUGAAUAAAGUACAGGAUGAUGAUGAUAAUGGUGAUAAUAAUAAUGAAGAUGUUAAAGAAAAAAUAAAUUUAUCGAAUAAAAGUGAGGAUGAUAAAAUAAUAAUAAUAUCGAAGGAAGACGAUUUAAAUUUAGAUGAUAUUACUGAUGAUACUGCGGUAAAUCGGCGAUUAUCAAGCCAUUUAUCACCAGAAGCUAGUCCUUUAAGUACUCGUUCUUCAUCAAGAUACAGCCCUCGUGAAAGUGAGAGUGAACCUACACCAGGUCUUCCACGUAAAAUAGUAACUACUGGAAGUGAAUCUUUGUCAUCACAACGAAUACGAGAUGCUAUUACAAGAACAAGACGUGAAUCUAAUAGUAGUACUCGAUAUGAAAGUUCUGGCAGUGAAAGCAUUAGAUUAAGCGAGUCGGGAUUAUGUGAUUAUGUUGAUUUGGCAAAGAAAUCUCGAUUGGAUCCACAAGAUAUUGUCGUUGAAAAUUAUGAGCGUGAUAGAGUACAGCGUGACAGUGAAGACGAUCAUCCACCACGACUCAAUGACGCUCGUUCAGAGUCAGCGAUUAAAUUUUCAAAUUUAUCCUCUCAAGGACGAACAAUAUUACGACGACGCAGACAAUUUGAUUCACAAGGUUCAAGAAGACGAGGAAGAUCAUAUGCACGCUCAUAUAGCACAGAAGAUAUUGAAUUUCAAAUAACUCGUCAAAGUCUUUUACGUGGCAACGGAUCAGCAGCAGAUUCAUCAAAAAUUCCUGAUUAUCGUCGACUGGUAUUUAUAAGCUCAGAUUCGUCAUCCGGGCGUGAUGAAGAAGACGAUGCUGACAGUAGCUGCUCUGGUUCGUCUUAUUUGACUGGUGGAGUACCUAUAGGAACAACCAGAAAUAAUAAUAAUAAUAAUAAUAAUAAUAAUAACAAUAUUAGUGGUAGUAGUCACAGUCAGAGUCUUGAAGAUUGUGAUUGGGAUUAUUUUGAAAGCAAUAGCUUGCCUUCUUUGCCAUCAGUCUUGUGUGGUGAUUCUGUUCGUUCUCAUGUUAAUGAUAUAAAAGGUGGAAAUAUUUGGGAUUGUUGUCUAGGUCAACGACGUGGUUCCAGUACUUGUUGUCUGGCAUGUGGAGGUAGUAGUAAUAGAAAUGUAUUGCCAGUUCCUGUGCCAAUACCAGUUCCAGUACCUUAUCCGGUACCAGUACCAGCAUCUCUGUGGAAUAAUCAAGAUUUUGCAGCUGCUGCAGCUUCGUCAAUGAUAACAGCCACAAAAUCAGAUAAUAAUUUAAAAUUUAAAAACGUUGCGGGUUCUUCUAUCGGGCCGUGGUUUUCAUGGCAUCCUAAAUUUAUCUCACAAUCUGAAAUUCAUCGAGGGCUUUAUUGUGAACAAAAAAUAAGUGAUCCAAGUUUCAAUACUGCUGAUUCUAUUUUCACAUUUCGUCCAGACGGUUCACUUGUUGGGCAUUAUGAAAGUAUUUAUCACGGAUCUCUUUUAACAACACUCGAUCAUAAAUCAAUGCCAUUAAAUAAUGAGAUAAAAAAUCAUCAACCACAAGUUGAAGAUUCUCAACAGGAGGUUAAAUUAGAAAAACAAUUAAUAAUAAAAGAACAAGAAAUAAAUUCAAAUCUAUCAAUUAAUAGUGAUAAUCUAAAUCAAUUAGAUUUAGUCAAUAGUGGUGAAAAUAAUAAUAAUAAUGAUAAUGAUGAUAAUGAAGCUGAUGAAGUUGAUAAAGUGCCAUUGACUGAUGAUAAAACAUACAAUGAAGAUAGUAAAUUUGAAAAACCAAUAUCAUUAGCAACUGAAAUUGAUGAAAAUUCAGAUCAAGAUCAAGAUGAUGAUCAUGAUUCAUCGUCAUCCUGUGCAGACAGUAGUGAUUUUGAUGAUGAAAAUAAAUCACAUCAUUUCUCUCGUGUGUUUGUUGUCAAUAACGACGACGACGAUGAUGAUGAUGAUGAUGUUAAUUAUAAUGAUUCCUUGGCAAGUAAUCAACACAAAGGAAUAGAAGAAGAAGACGGAGAAAAUGAAGUUAUUCUCAAAAAUAUAAAUUUAUUAUCAUUAAAUUCUGAUUCAUCGAAUAAACAAGAGGAAAGUUUAAACGAACAACCAGCUACUUUAAUAAAUAAUUCUAAAAAUAAUAAUAAUAACAAUAAUGAAAUUAGUUAUUCAGCUGAUUCAAUAGAUUCUUCAGAUGAUAAUAUAAUAACAUUGAGAUCAAUACGUAAUAUAAAUCCUGAUGAAGUAAAUUUUUUAUCAUCAUCAGAAACAAAAGAAAUAAUGAUAAAUAACGAUAAAAAUAAAAACUUUAAUGAUGAUAUUAAAGAAGAAGAUGAAGAAGAAGAUGAUAAUGAUGAAGAUGAAAAUAACGUAGAUAAUUAUGAAUCAAUGGUAGCAGAUUCAUUGGAAAUAAAGGAAAAUGAAAAUGUAUAUUUACUUAAUCAUAAUUAUACAAAUAGUAAUAGUGAAAUAAAACGUGAUAUAUGUGCCUUAUCAGUGGUAUCAAAUUUAUUAGACUGUUGGAACGAAAAUUUAAGUAAAAAAAAAUUAAAAUCAACAACUGCAUCAUCAUCAUUAGUAAUUAAAAACGAAAAUAAUAAAGAAAAAUUCGAAAUAAAUAAAAGUAUAGUAGUUAGUGAUGAUACAUCAAAAGAAUCAAUGAAAGAAUGCCAGGUGAAUGUAGUAAGUAGUGAACAACAACUGGUGGGAGAAAAUGAGGUGGAUACAAGUGAAAAUACAGGUGGGGAGACAGUGCGCCGGGGAACGCGACUUGAUUCAGUUGAACGUCGCCCGUCUACUCGCGAUGAUAAUGUAUUUUUACCUGACGAAUUAUUAUCCUCAUCUUCAUUACCAUCAUCAUCAUUAUUACCAACAACAACAACGACAACAUAUUCUUCACGACAAAAUAUUUUGUCACAAAAUAAUAAAUUCAAGAGUUUUGUGAUGAUUACAUCGGGUGCUUAUCAACCAGUUAGUGUUAUAACUUCAGAUACGACAACGUUAUUGCAGCCAGAUGAUAAUAAAACACAAGAGAAUCAACAGACUCAACAAACUCAACAGACUCAACAGCAGUCAUCGUCAGGCCUGGCUGGAUACUACCAUCUGGCGUUGGAGGCGUUGGAAACACCUCAACGAACAGGCUCGGGACCACGUCGACCGUUAAUGAUUAAACGACGGUACGAUGACCACCCAUCCGAACUUGAAUCUGAAUUACAAGAACAAACAGUUAACAAUAAAACAAAAGGUAUUAUAUCCACAACAAAUAAUUCACAAAAUAAUUAUUUUGUUAAUAUUGAUAUAGAAAAAGAUAAUUCAAUUGAUAAUGAAAAUAAUGAUGAUGAUUUAGUUUGUUCGACAAAUAAAUUAAAGAAAUUGAAAAUUUCUGAUGGUAAUAAUAAAAUUUCACAUCACGUUGAUGUUAUACUUGAAGAAGGUCUUGCUGAUGAUGAUUCUUGGGUUGAAGAGGUCUCACAUGAUGAAGAUGAACAGAGUACACCAACAACAACAAAUACGGAAGACAGUUCAGAGGAUGAAGUUAAUAAUCUUGGUGGUGAUCGUGAAGAAGAAUUACGUGGUUAUCAUCGUCAAGCUAUUGAUUUUACUCUUCACACAAUUGUUGAAGAAUCUUGUGAAGAAAGUGAAGCUGAAUUUAGUCUUAGUAAUACUAAUUGGAAAUCAAAAAAUCAUGAAACUUCAUCAACUUCAUCAACAUCACAACUUGAAAAAUAUUUUUUCUUUGGACUUGGAGGUAUUGAAUCUACUCAGAGUAAUUUAAGUACAAAAAAUUAUGAAAAUAUUAAUAAUGAUGAUAACAAUAUUGAUUAUAAUGAUGAUGAUGAUGAUGAUGAUGAUGAUGAUGAUGAUGAUGAUAAUAUGAUAAUUAAUGAUGAAAAUGAAAUAAAAUUAACAAACGAUUUAAUAAAUAACGAUAUGACAUCAUUAUUAUUAUUAAAUCGUGAAGUUGAUAGUCUUUCAGAGACUUCAUCAGUUUAUUCUGAAGGUGUUCAAGAGAGUCAUCAAGAAUCAGGAACAAUAAUAAAUUGUUUAAAUGAUAACAAAAGUGCCAAUGACUUUAAUUCAUCACGAUUGGAAAAAUAUUUUUUAUCUGAAUUUUUGGGUUUUCGUAAUGAAGAUCGUAGAGAUUCAGAUGGUUCAGUAGGAAGUGAUUCUGAAGGACGUCCAAGUCCUGAAGCUCAACGUCGUAAACGCUUAGUUCGUGCUCGAGGUACUGGAAGAUCUCACAGUUCUUCACUUGAUAAUCUUUUAAAUUUAGCACAAACUUCACAAAAUUCAACUUUACAAAAUUCAUUGCAAGAUCUUAGUAAUAAUCAAGAUACACCAGAUGAAUCUGAUGAUUCAACUGUAAAAACUGAUGAAGAUGUUACUGGAUUUGUUGAAGGAGUAGAUACUGUAAAACGAAAAAAGAAAAAAAGAAAUUUAGGAACACAGAGCCCUCGUAAUACUGAUUCCAAUAAUAAAAGUCCUGAAUCGGAUAAAUUUGAUGAUUCAGAUAAAUUUGAAAUUUCUGUUUCUCUUGAUAAUGAAAAUAAUGAAACGAAUUCAGAAGAAGAAAGAUCUAAAACUCCUCAACCCAGUGAUUCUUCAUUGACAAUUACAUCAUCAUCAAAUAAUAAUAUUAAUAAUAGUAAUAAUAAUAAUAAUAAUAAUAAUAAUAAUAAUAAUAAUAAUAAUAAUAAUAAUAAUAAUAAUAAUAAUAAUAAUGAUGAUGCAGUUGAUGAAAAUACGAAUAAUUCAACAGAUCCUGAUCGUAAACAACAAUCAAGAGAUUCUGGAUUUGUUGGUAGCUGUGAUGAUUUAAUUCAAUCAGAACCAUCAAUUGAUUCUAAAGAAAAUAAAGAUUCAAAUAAUAUUGACAGUAAAAAUGUUUGUGAAAAUAACAACAACAACAACAACAAUAAUAAUAAUAGUAAUAAUAAUAAUGAUAAUAACAAUAAUAUUAAUAAUAAUGAUGAUACAAAUAAUAUCAAUAAUAAAAAUAAUAAUAAUAAUAAUGAUGAUACAAAUAAUAUCAAUAAUAAAAAUAAUAAUAAUAAUAAUGAUGAUACAAAUAAUAUCAAUAAUAAAAAUAAUAAUAACAAUAACAAUAACAAUAACAAUAACAACAACAACAACAACAACAACAACAACAACAACAACAACAACAACAGCAGCAGCAACAACAACAACAAUAACAAUAACAACAAUAAUAAUAAUAAUAAUGAUAAUAAUAAUAAUAAUAAUAAUAAUAAUAAUAAUAAUAAUAAUAAUAAUAAUAAUAAUAAUAAUAAUAAUAAUAAUAAUAAUCCAAAGGAUAAAAAUGAAUUUUUAGCAGCAUCAAAUAUUCAUAUUAAUACUCAUGCAUUAUCAAGAAAAGAUAGCUUUAAUAAUUGGUCAAGUGAUGAGGAAACAAAUUUAAUGAUGUCUAAAAUGCGUCAAUUUUUUAAAACUAUGGUUGCUAAUUCAAAUAAUACAGUAUUAACUUGUCAAUUGUUAUCAUCUUCAUCAAUUAGUACAACAACAACAACAACAAUAACAACAACAACAUCAACAGCAGCAACAACAAAAACAAAAACAAAAACAAAAACAACAACAACAACAACAAUGUCAACACCAACACCAACGCCUACGCCAACACCAAAUAAUACAAAUCCAAUAGAACGAAUGGAACAAGAAUUACCACGAGGAAAACGUACAAAACCACCCCAAUUAGUAUACUUUGAAAAUGAACUUACACGACUUAUGAAAACUGUACCAGGUAUACGUGAUGAUCAAGUACGUGAAAUUGUUGAGUAUUUAAGUUCUGAAGAUACUUGGUCUGAUUCAUAUGAUAGCUCUGAUUAUACGAGUUCUGAUUUAGAAGGAGCAGCAGCUGCUGCUGCUGCUGCAAGCCGUCGUUCAACUCUACAGGAACAAAUAUCAGCCAGUUGUCAACAAAUAAUUAGUAAUUUUGAUGUUAAUUCUGAUGCUAAUCUUUGUUCAAGUAUUUUAUCACCAAUCGACAGUAAACAAUCUAAAGAAUCAAUUCCUAGUGGUAAUAUGGGUAAAGAUACAGCUUUUGUUUAUCAAAAAUUAGUACAAAGUUUUACUAAAAUAGCUGGAGAUGUUAGUUCAGAUGCGAGUUCAACUCCUCACAGUAGCCCUCCAUUAAUUGCCAAAGUAAUGCAUCAUAUUGGUAGUAGAUUAGUUGCUCUUAUGCAUCAAGUAUCUGAAAAUAAUUCAAAUGUUUCUUCAUCUUCUUAUUCAUGGCGAAGAUAUCCUCAGCAUACCAGAACUCCUUCAUCAGCAUCAACAACAACUGAAGACGAUGAUUCAACAUCUGAUUCAGCACAUCAAACUCCAACAUUUAGUCAUCUUCAACUUCCACGAUCAAAAUCUCAUGACCCUUUACUUCUUAUCAGUGGACAUCAAAUAGGAACUGGUCAAGAAAAUGAAGAACGUGAGACCAGUGAUUAUGAAAGAUUUUCAUGGCGUGGUAGCUUUGAAUCUGCAUUAAUGGCUGCUGAUUCACGUACUAAACUCAGUUUAUUAACUUGUUCAGGAGAUAUUGGAUCCAAUAAUACAAAUUUAAAUACAACAAAUGCAUUGGCAAUGGCUGCUAAAAGACGGAGUGCUGGAGAUUUAUUAUUUAAUCCCAAGAGUUUUUCACGUGAACAAUUGGAUCGAGUAAGGAGCUGUGGAUCUAUUGGAGCUGGAAGUAAUAGCAUUAGUACAAGUGCCAAUCAAAUAAAUGGAGCUGAAAAUACAACUGGAUCUAUUGAAGAAAAAAUAUGGAGUAACAGACGUCGAUCAUCAGUUCCAGAUGACUCACGGCAUCGACGACGUCAAUCAUCAUCGUCAACAUCAGCAGCAGCAAUUUGUACUACUGCUGAUCAACAUGAAGACGAUGAUGAUGAUGAUGACAAUGAUGAUAACGAUAACGAUGAUGAUGAAGAUUCUGCUGAUGAAUUUGAAUUUGAUGGUGAUUCGCGUGCUAUGACCUUGCCUAGAGGAAUGCAACAAACUUCAAUAUCAACUUCAACAACUAAUUCAUUACCACGUCUUCCAGCAACUAAUAAUAGUAAUAAUAAAAAUAAUAAUAGUAGUAGUAGUAAUAGUAGUAUUGGAUUUGGAUCAUCAUCAAUGCACAAAGCUCACAGUAUGUAUCAUUUUUUGCCAUCAAAUACUGGAGUUAAAUCUGCUCGAUAUCGACCACCAGGUUUUGCACGUAAUAGUUUAAGUUCUGGUGUACCUAAACGAGCACUUAGUGCUCCAGGACUUGAAAUAGCAGUUUCACCUAAUAUUAAACGUGAACGAAGACGUAGAGAAUCUAUUCCUAUUCCUGAUGAGGACAAUAGUUUAUCAGAAGCAUGCAGUACACCAAUUAUUGGAGGAACAAAUCGUUUAAUGAUUGAUGAAAGACGUUCAGGAACACGAGUUAAAGAUACAAAUCGUUCAUCUUUAUCAAGUUUAGGUGCACGUUCAGAUUCAAUGGCAUCUGUUUAUAGUGGAGCUGGUGAAGGUAAAUGGUGUGGAUCUGUUGCUGUUAAAGGUGAGGUUGAGUUUUCACUUGAAUAUGAUUACAAACAACUAACUUUCCAAGUUCAUAUUAGUCAAUGUAAAGAUUUGGCACCAGUUGAUAUUAAACGAAACCGGUCAGAUCCUUAUGUUAAAGUAUAUUUACUACCAGAUAAAUCAAAAGGAGGUAAAAGAAAGACAAAAGUUAAAAAACAUACAUUAAAUCCAGUAUUUGAUGAGACACUUAAAUUUAAUAUUAAUUUAAAUUCAUUGGAGACACGAAUACUAUGGCUUACUGUUUGGCAUUCGGAUAUGUUUGGACGAAACGAUUUUUUGGGUGAAGUAAGAAUGCCACUAGAAAAUAAAAUAUUUGAUGAUCCAACACCAAAAUGGUAUCCUUUACAAGAAAGAUCUGAAUUAUUUGAUGAUCCUAUAGCUACGUAUAAGGGUGAGGUUAUUGUAGGUCUUAAAUUUGUUCCACCAGAAUUGUGUAAAUUAGAGAAAAAAGAUCGUGAUCGUGAUCACUCAAGUACUACAAUUAUCGGAGAACCACGAAAAGGAAAAAAAAAUUGGAGUCGUGGUUCAUUGCAUGUAUUAGUAAAAGAAUCAAGAAAUUUACAAACAAGAGCCAAAAAUUCAUCAGGAACUUGUGAUCCAUUUUGUAAAAGUUAUUUGUUACCAGACAAAGGAAGAUCAGGUAAACAAAAGACCAAUGUUGUGAGAAAGUCUGAUGGGAAUCCAGUAUGGGGGCAUACAUUCAUUUAUAAAGAUGUAAGUCUUCAAGAGUUAGCUGAAAGGGGACUUGAAUUAACUGUUUGGGAUCAUGAUCGUAUUGCCAGUAAUGAAUUUUUAGGUGGUGUUAGAUUUAAUCUUGGUACUGGUAAACAUUAUGGAAAACCAGUUGAUUGGAUGGACGCAACCGGACGUGAAUUAUCAUUGUGGCAAAAUAUGUUAGAGAGACCGAAUUUUUGGGUCGAGGGUGCGAUAACUCUUCGACCCAAUUUGUACAAUCAUGGUAAACACAAUUUCUCUUGAUUAUUUACAUUAUUUACUUAUAUUUUUUUAUUAUUAUUCAUAUAUAUUAUAUAUUAUAUAAUCUUAAGGCUAUAGGCCUUCAAGUACUUAAAUGUUCAAUAUAAGCAAUUGAUACUUAAUAAUAUAAAAAACAAAGUCUUGUUUGACAAAAAAUAUUUUUAAUAAAAGUCAUUGUCCAAUUUUGUUGUUUUAGUCAAAUAUAAUUGUUAAUAAUAUUUCAUAUAAAUAUAUAUUUAUAUUUUACAUUUUUAUAUUAGAAAACAAAAAAGAAAACAAAAUUGAAACGGUAUAUUUAUUGAUAUUAAAUGUACAUGUUUUCUCAAUAAUUACUGAAAUACAUAUAUAUAUUUGGAAUAGAAUAUAUUUAUGUAUGUAUAUCAUGCAUUAUUCACAUAAUUGAAUAGCAAAUUCUAAAAAAAAAAAUAUAUAUAUAUUUUAAACCCUUGAAAAAAAAUCUAACUACAAGUAUUUUUAUUCAACUCAAUAGUUUAUGAGCAAAAAAAAAACUGCCAGUUAAAUAUUUUUCUGCAAAAAAAUUUUAAAAAA